AUGAUCACAGUCGACAACGAAGCCACUGGAGGAUUUGGCAAUAGGUACGGGAGUCCUCGGCUAAAGCUAUUUGAAACAGAGAAGUACAAGGAUUUUACUGAAGCUGGCAGUUUUACAGUGGAUAAGAUCAUUGCAUCCUACAAAUUAAGCUGUGAGAAACUUGGUGUACAGCCUAUUCACAAAUUGCUGACACAACUGCAGAAGGUUACAGAGGUACAUCAUAGGAUCAAAUGUUUAGAUCUGAACGGUGAAAAGUUAGACUAUGAGAGUUGUGAGGCCCUCGAAGAGAUCUUCAAACGGAUGCAGUUUAAACUGAUUAACUUGGAGUCGGUGAAGCUGGAUGAAAAUGGGGCUUCAGCAUUGUUUGAUAUAAUGGAAUACUAUGACUCAGCAGUACAUCUCAACAUCUCCUUCACCAAACAUAUUGGAAGCGGAGGCUGGGUGGCAGCAGCUCAGCUGAUUAGGAAGAGUAGCAGUUUGAAAGAGUUUGCGGCCUGUGGCAUUCCCUUGAUGGAGCACAAUGCACGCUCUGUGGCACAAGGCCUGAAGUUCAACAGUCAUCUGAGGGUUUUACGUUUGGAUAAUGCCAGUUUAAGUGGGCGGCCUCUGAUGCUACUAGUUUCUGCCCUGAAUGUGAACCAAAUGCUACAGGAACUUUACUUGGCAGACAACAACCUGAACAGCGUUCAGGACUCCAUGUACCUGCGAGAGCUGUUGCAAUCUAACUGUACCAUAAGACUGUUAGACCUUAAAAACAAUUGCAUCUUCGACACAGGACUGAAAGAUAUCUGUGAAGGUCUAAAAAGACAGAAGCAAGGGCUGAAAACACUUAUACUUUGGAACAACAAACUAACUCAUAAAGGGAUGAGUCACCUAGCUGCUAUUCUCCCUAAAUUAACUUGUCUGGAGACACUGAACUUAGGUCAUAAUCCAUUGAACAAUGAAGGAAUCCAUAGACUUAAAGAAGCAUUGAUAGCUAAUCGAUCAGUCAUUCGUCUAGGGCUGGUGUCAACAGCAAUAACUUGUGAAGGUGCAGUAACCACUGCUGAGUUUAUAGUGGAGAGUGCUGGGAUUCUAAGACUGGAUCUACGAAGGAACAGAAUUAGGACUGGAGGUCUGAUGGCCCUAUCUCUCGCACUGAGACUAAAUCAUUCAUUGGUCAGACUGGAUUUGGACAAGGAACCAAUGGGUGAGACAUUGCCAAGCAACCUAAACUCUGAACAAUUAGAUUUGUGGCCCUCCCCAAAGACUGCUAGGAUAUUACCAGCAGUUAAACAUCAAGCUGACCCAAUAAAGAAAGCCCCAAGUGAAUUCACGAGAUCAGAAAAAAAAUGA